AAGUUACACAAACACAUCAGGGUUUUGUAACGCAUACGUUGCCUCCGGUUCAAUUGCUGCCACUCGUAACUAACUCACUCUUGUGAUCCCAGCUUUCUGUCGGACCGACCGAACCGAGCAGUGAAACAAAAUAGCAUUUUUUUCUUUUUUAACAUACAACAAUUAUGACAUUUUGGUUGUAAAGGACGCUAUCAACACGUGCGACGUAAUCGUAGACUGGACUAGUCCAAAAUGAAAUGAAAUAAAACAACCAGGAUGUCGUUUUGCUAAAGUAUAAAGAUAAAGCGCAUCUGUUUCAUUCUCUAAAGGUCUAGACGCGCGUGCGAGACUCGGGUGCUUCUAGUGAUUACGAGAGGCGCGCGCUGCAAACAUGGAGUUGAAUUCUGUGAUUUUGACCACUGGAGCCUCCGUGGGAUUUUUCAAAUUAGUGAACUACGGGAUCGGAAAACUACCUGUACCAGAGACAGCAAAGAGAAACACUUGGAAAUGGAAAAACAUCUCUACGUCCUUUGUACACAGUCUCAUAACUGGAGUGUGGUCUGUGCUUUGUUUUUUCAUACACCCCAAGAUGGCUGAGGAUUUGAUAGAGACACACUCCGUUUUCUCACACGCCCUAGUAUCAGUAUCAAUCGGGUAUUUUAUUUAUGACUUCUUCGAUAUGGUUCUCAAUCAGAAGAUGGGUCAAUCAUGGGAGCUUCUUUUCCAUCACGUAGUGGUGAUCACAUGUUUCGGGAUCUCAGUGCUGAGCUGUCGGUACGUGGGCUUCGCCGUCGUGGCGCUGCUAGUGGAGAUCAAUUCCAUCUUUCUGCACCUCAGGCAAGUGCUCCGCAUGGCCAGCCUGGCCAAAAGUACAUUCUACCGUGUGAACAGCAUGAUUAACUUGGGCACCUACGUGGUGUUUCGCAUCAACACUUUGGCCUGGAUGACCCGCUGGCUGGUGCUGAACCGUGAGCACAUCCCCCUGAUCAGCUACACCAUCGGCAGCGUGGGUUUGGCCAUCAUGACUCUCAUGAACAUUGUGCUGUUUUACCGGCUGAUGAGAAGCGACUUUAUGAAAUCCAGCCGUGAGAAGGAAGUGAAGAAAGAAAAGAUGUGAGAGAGGUGUCUUCAACUACUCCCACUAGCUCGAACCAAAUCUGCUUCAUUGCUACCAUUCCUUUGGGUUUACCGUGUCUGAUUGGACAGACGUCCAUCAUUUUAUAUGGUUAGAAAAACAUUAUUUAUAUCGAUAUCAGCCUGCUGACCUUACUUCUAAUAUUUACAAGAUCAAAAGUAGCCAUUAUGCCGCCACGUAGACCUCAAACUAUGCUACGACAUUUAUAUAGUGGCUGUUGUCACAGGUUUACAGACGUCUAAACAGACAAUGCAUUUACACGUGCUCAAAAUUCAUGCAUGAUUUAUACAGCGACUCAAAAGACUGUAUGGCCGUCGGUUUUACACAUAUUAUGCUUGUUAGUUGAGAGGAACUGGAUUUACUCCUUUAUUGAUAUCACAUUAUAUGCUAAUGCUGGUCUGCCCUAAUUUAUGAUACCUUCUAUAAAUAUAUAUAUAUAUAUAAGCAAAAAAUAAGAUUAGGAACUGCUUGGACAGGAUUAUAAAACAAAAAAAUAUAUAUGCAAUAUAUAUUUAUCCAAGGGUAUCUUGUAAAAGACCAUAUGUUGGUAUAUUUAUUAAAAAUAGCACUAAAGAUGUGUUGUCUGGUCUCAAUACACCUACACCUGCUACCUCGUGGACUUGACGUGUGGAGCUUGUUUUUAUUACUGACUAGGAAAUCACAGUUAAAUGUACAUGUCCAUGACCAUGUACAGAAAGAACCCAAUGUUCAGUAGUGUAUGACUAAAUGGACAGAAUUAUUUUUGGUUAAUAUGCUACUCUUUAAGUGAAGGAUAUAAUCUCAAUGCUGGAGCCAUCAACAUUAUCAGACUAAAAACACUCUAACUCAUAUGCGUGAUAAUUCAACAACAUGUUUUGAGAGUUUAGAAAGCUUCAGCCCAGCUCCAGAGGCAAAAAACUGUCAUUGCAGAUGUCAUGCCUGUAGGUGGCACUACACACACAACAGUGACCUCAUUUUAGUUUAUGCUAAUAUUAAGAGAUUAAUCUAUAUGAAAGGCAACAGAUACAGUAUCAGCUACAUCGCUUAAAAUGUGCAGAAUGUUUUUAAUAAAGCUUUGCAGUUUGUUUCUUUUUGUACUUUUGUAAUUUAUUUGAACUUAUUGUCAUUGAUAUUAGGCUAGUUAUUGUGGUUCAGCAAAUACUGAAUCCUCUUUUCCUCUUUAAAAACACAGUAAGAAAUGACAGAACACUGUAUUGUGCUGAAUGAUGCUGUGAUUUUGUUGGUGGUAAAAAAAAAUUGCCCGAUCCAGAUUAUGACUCGAAUAUGCCUGGUUCCAUUGAGGUUGUAGACUGAAGCCUUAUCCUUCUUUGAUUGGGUAAGUGUGGCCUCUCUGUAAAGUGAGAAACACUGUAAUCGCAUGUAGCUUCACCAACUUGUGCCACAAAGCUAUUUCUCUCAUAGCACCAAGGUUUAUUCAUAUUGAUUUUUCAGCUUCAUCUUAAUAUUAUUACAAAUUGAAGGAUGGGGACCCAAGGAGUUAAAAAACUAAUUUUAAAUAAAUAAAACUUGCAAAGGAACCUAAUGAAUAAAGAAUAGCAAGUAAAAGUGCUGAAUAAAGGUUUGCACUGAAUCACAGUUGGUUACUAUUGGCAGCUUUAUAUUGAAAUUUUGUGCUUCAUGAAAUAGCAGGAAUCUUAUGUGUUAUUGUAGAAAACCAUUUGACAGCUUUGUAGGAUCAUUUCAGUAAUGUGGUUUACUUGACUUAGUGUGUUGUGUUUGGUGGAUGACGUCGUGGACAAGAAUUUUGAGCACAGUGUUGCAGUGUCAAAAGCCCCAUAUAUGAUUAAAUUCAAACUUUGGUUAUCGUAAUAAAACAUAAUUAAUGAAACAAUAAAAACGCAUUUCCAUACCCACAUUCAAUUUUUUUGUAUUUUUCUUUUAGUAUCUUUUUGUCUUCAUUAGACUCAUUUUAGUUUCUGUUUCAUACAAUCGUGUUCAAAUGUAAAUAGUAAUACUUUUAUUUUUAUUUGGAUGAAUUAUUGUUUUGUAAUUAAUAAUGAAAACUAUGUGACCUAUAUAGCUGUGGCUAUAUGACCUUUAUAUUGUAAAUUGUGAAAUAAAAUGUUAACAGAU